GAUUUGACCACAGCCGAGCCUUGAGGUGGUUCAUAGAUUUAUAAAAUGCCUAUUAAUUCACUAGUAAUAGUCAGGUAUGGUCCGUACGAGUCGUGUGCUAUUGUCGAGCAUAGAACAUUUCGCUUGGACGGUUUACAAGCGCUCCUAAAAGACGACGGCCACCGGUGUGUCCUGGAAAAAACGGAUGACUGGAAUAUAGUAGAGCUCAUUGUGAAUGGAGAAUGCGUUUACACGUGCAACAUUACUGACCUUGAGUUUGGGGGUGAUGGACGACUGGAUGCUCGCUGCCGGGAGGCCGUUGACGCGGUGAGAAACGCGUACUGAACGCCAUGUCCACGACGGAACACUAGUAUACUACGUACAGAAUACUACGAGUGACCAAGAGUGGAACUAGUUGGAGUUAUUAACAAGCAUCAUUCACACAAACUAUUUUUUUUUAUUACAAUACAUGCUGAGUUCAAGAGCACGUGAAUCUAUGUCACGCCGCGUUGCACGUUUGGGCGCCGCCGCCAUUUUGAGAGGAUCACCCUCUGCUGCAAAUGCCGACAAUCGCAAUUCUGCAGCAUGGGUGGCAAAACAGUGGUCGUGUUUUCCACAAGCACUACAGAAAAUCUAAAUCAUGCCCUGAACUCGCGGAGAGGCAGUAGUAGUUUCCUGGACAUCAGCUUCACGUUUCUAUAUAGCUAACGUGGAAACAAAAAUGUUGAACAUUAAUUUUCACUUUGUGUAAAAUGUCUUAAUUUUUUUCAGAUGAGACAAGAAAGCAGAUGCUAUUAUUUCCAGUUUAUUUGUCACACUAGAAAAAAAGUGCACUACAUUGUAGAAUACAAUAGUGCAGUAAAUAAGUGUGCUGUUAUACGUUGCUCAUUUUAGCAAAUGGAGUAAGUCAGGAAAUUAGCAUAUAGGCUACUACAUAAUGCAUCAAUUGAAAAAAUUGUAAGGUACAGCAUACUAUUCUAAACA